AUGGCUUCACAUCUGGCAAACAUCUUUGGUACGGAGCAGGAUCGCGUCAAUUGCUCCUUCUACUACAAAAUCGGUGCAUGCCGACACGGCGACCGCUGCUCGCGAAAGCACAUCAAACCCGCGUUCUCCCAGACAAUCCUUCUACCCAAUGUCUACCACAACCCUGCCCACGACCCUAUCUGCAAGUUGACCGAGAAGGAGCUGCAGGAAGGAUUCGAUGCGAUUUAUGAGGACCUGUACUGCGAGCUGGCGAAGUUUGGGCACCUGCUAGAGCUUCACGUCUGCGACAACGUAGGCGACCACCUCAUCGGCAACGUGUAUGCUCGGUAUGAGUGGGAGACGGAAGCACAGACGGCUGUGGAUAACCUGAAUGACCGUUGGUAUGCAGGCCGUCCAUUGUACGCCGAGCUGUCACCCGUGACGGACUUCCGUGAAGCCUGCUGCCGUCAAAACGAGAAUGGAGAGUGCAACCGUGGGGGCUUCUGCAAUUUCAUGCAUCUCCGGCUGGCCUCAAAAGAGCUAGUGAAAUCGCUUCACGCCAGUCAGAGACUGGAACGGAGGUUGCACCCUCAGCAGAACGGUGGUGGCGGAGGAUGGGAACCUUCAAAGAGGGAAGGCCGCGGACGUAGUGCGUCGCCGGCCCGGAAAGGUCGCAACGACGGUGAAGACAGAUGGACUCGGAAGUGA